AUCGUUCGUCUGGUCAAAGUGAGGGAUAUGAAAAAGAGAGGGCGCGUCUGUGGAUUAGUGCUUGAUGUUGUUCUCCACCUCGCCCGACCUUCCUUCCUCAUUUUCCUCCACCACGAGGAAUGGAGAAGCCCAAAUGGCGACGGAUCCUGUGGGCCAGCCAGCCGUAUCCGGACGACUACGUCCCCGAUGACUUUCUCAAGCAGCUCAAGACGGAUCGUGGCUGCCCUCACAUCGCUCCCUUCCUUUUUCACCUUGGUCGUCUGGUCCUUGCCCCUGACGCAGCAUCUCAGCAUCACGACGCUCUUUGUCAGUCUCUUUCUGCAUCUCCGCGCCGGCCAUGUCAGCGCCGAGGGUCUCGCCCUGGCCAGCGUGGCAGCCAUCGUCGUCUUCGCCAGCACCACACCUGCGACGAGCGUGUUUAGCAUGCCGCCGCCCGACCCAAAUGAGGCCCUCUCCACGCGACAAGCGGCGAGGAGGAAGCAGGAGGCCCAGCUGCGGGCCAAGCCGCUCGCACAGCCGCUCUCGUAUGCGCUCCUGGCCCUCACCCUCCUGGCCCUGUCGCCCCUGCUGCGGACGCUGACCGAGGCAACAACGUCGGACUCCAUCGCAGCCCUCUCCACUGCCCUCUUUCUCCUCGGCUUUGCACUGGCCGACUUCAGUGGGCCCGACGGCGGCAGCAAGCACCGCCAGCCUGGGGCCAACAACCUGCCCGCCACGCUCUCGCUCAACGCCUGCGUCUUUUCCUCCAUCGUCCUCGCCUCGCGCCUGCCCUCUCCGACCCAGGUCUUCAGCCUCAUUCUCUCGUCCAUCUGCCUCUUUGCCUUUGUUCCACGGUGGUCUCGCCACCAUCUACCCUGCGUCGUCGUCAUUGUGGCUUCCUCCUCGUCGACCAGGCAUCCCCUCGGUGUCGUUGGCCCUCCGAUCUUCUUCACGCUGGCUCUCUGCAUCACCUCGAGCGCCCUCCUGGCUGCCUUUUCAUCCACGGCCGUCGCUGCCAACAGCCUCGCCGCCGUCUUUCUCAGCCUCGUCUGCCCCGCGUGGAUGAGGCGCGCCCAGCGGUGGAAGGUGGGCAGGAGCGGGCCGUGGGACGUGGGCGUGCCGAGGAUCAGGAGACAGGCCAUUCACUAUUACUAAGUGCAUGCCUACAUAAGUACUGCAUCGGUCGUCAUCGUCAUCAUCUUUAUGAGCUGGCAAUUGUAUUUCUAUCAUC